UGGUGGGUGCAAUGAUCUUGCCCAGCAAGGCCUUGGGUUUCCCGAACGGUGCCCUCGCUACUGUAUAUAAGCAUGAGCAUCUGGUAAGGGUGAGCAUCACUCGUCAUUGAUCACUAGAAAUUGUUUCAACCAGACAGCUCGAUUGGCGGUUACCUGAUCUCGAACACGGUCGUCCCAUCUUCUGGUGUUGAUCUGAAGGUGACUCAAAGCGGGUGGGUCACCUAGGGAGUGAAUGUUGGACGUGUCGGUUCAAGGGUGACGCUGCAUUCCGAAGUAGUGGACCAUUAUCGCAAUGCAUGAAAAUUAGACUGAUCGCUGUCCAUAAGGGAUUUUAGAUUUCAUCCGUUUCUGCGCGUAAGAGGCCGAGUACUAGCAGUAUCGGAACCUUUCACAGUUUACGAGUUCCAUAUUUCGCGUUUUGCCAAAUAGGGUUGAAGCCAACGAGUACAGGAUUAAGUAUGAAGGGUGCGUUGGAAUCGAUGGCGAAAGUGAACGGAAGCGGCUGUGACCACAACACAUCGACUGAGGAACCACCUGUUUACAUGGCUGCUCACCCCAAACUGACCACGCAGAAGUCCGCGUUGAAGGAGAUUAUCAAGCACGGGCAGCCGACCACUGUAGAAUCCAGGGGCAACAAACACACAACGUGGCAGCAGAAGAUCUCCAUGUAUUUGGUUUGCAUUUUAUGGAAGUCCUUCUCAGCACUCCAACUGGUAGGAUUGAUCAUUGAGUGGACCACGAACCUCCUAGCUCUCAACAAUGGUGUGCUCGGUCUUCUGUCCAGGAUAAUUUUUCUCAACUGGGGUGAUAUCGUCUAUCCAGUUGUGGGUUCGGAGAAUUACUUUAGCAUCCUCGGACUGUCAGAUCCCCGGGUCGACUUGCUCAUCAACGCAUCUAACACUGGCAAACUAGGCAGCGCUCAAGCUGAAGUCGAGGUGUUCCCCACUGAGGAUGCCGGAUCGCGCUCUACCGCCGACAUGUGCAUCAUGGCAGCCAAGCUGUCUUACGAGAAUCCUGCAGUAAUCAAGAAGGUCGUGGAACAGAACUGGAAUAUGCAUCUUCACGGUUUCUACAACUGCUGGAACGAGUACCAAAACAUGAAGAACACACAGGCAUAUGUGGUCAUGGACAAGCCUACGGACGCGAACGCCGUGGUGGUGGCAUUUCGCGGCACAGAGGCAUUCAAUGCCUACGACUGGAGCACCGAUUUUGACUUCUCCUUCAUUACCUUGGAGGGGCUAGGGGGAGUGCACCUGGGUUUUCUGGAAGCCCUCGGCCUCGCGACUCGCGACUCCAUCGAUACAUUCGUGAAGAUGAACAAAAAGGCCCAGUCCACUAAGCACCAAACCAAAAUAAAAGAGCAGCAGGAGGCUCUCGCCAACAACCUGCCACCGAGCCCACACCACAGAACCAAAUCGGAAAUCCAUGCAACGUUGCCGACCUCCGGCCUCGCCGACACAAUCAUCGCCGACUCGGAGAAAAUCCUCGCUUACGACCACAUCACGGAGCAAGUUGCAUUGAUCCUGCACGACAACCCCAAUGCGAAACUGUACAUCACGGGUCACAGUCUCGGGGGCGCCCUGGCAGUGCUGUAUGCCGCCAUGCUGCAUUACACCGGACAGACAGAGGUCGCCAGCAAAAUCAAAGCCGUGUACACGUUCGGUCAGCCUCGGGUCGGCGACCUUAACUUUGCAACUUACUUCAAACAGAAGCUCGAAGGCAGAUACUUCCGCGUGGUAUACUGCAACGACCUAGUCCCCCGUGUGCCCUUCGACAACAAGCUGUUCGCCUUCAAGCAUCUCGGCGACUGCCAGUACUUCAACAGCUGCUACGACGGGAUGGUGGUGCAGGAAGUGCCGAACCCGAACUUCUUCAGCGUUAGGAACCUGCUCACUAAGCACCUCAACGCAGCCUGGGAGCUGUUCCAUGCCAUGUUUAUUGCGUGCCCGGAGUAUGGCAAUGCAUUCAAGGAAAACAACCUCUCGAUUCUGAUUCGAGCAUUGGGGGUGAUCUUCCCCGGUGUCGCUGCGCACUGGCCCAUAAACUACGUGAACGCGAUCAGACUUGGACCGAUCCCAUUAAAGCGCAGCCUCGUCGGCGACGUCGCUCAUACCGACGCAGAAUUCUAUCUCAUGCAGGAUAAUCUCAAUUGCGACGUCAAUUCUCCUGUGUCCUCCUCGGUCUUGCCAGAUCGUUCCCGCAAGUCCCCGCUCUCCAAGCAUUUGUGAAUCCCUCUUGGAUUCGUCUGCGGCUCGCUCAUCGAUGAUCGUUUCGGACCGUGAUCGGAGUUUGUCGGUAUUAGUGUAGACCCUUCGUAUACUAGUAUGUAUUGAUAUAAAAAUGUUGUAUUAAUAUGUAUUAGUAUGUUGAGGGUAUGUAUAUAUAAGUUAGGUCUAUUCUUUCACAAUCCUGGGUAUACUCUUGAUGUAUAUAGUUAGUUAGUUAGUUAGUUUCAGUGUUGCAGGUUCAUUCUUAUUGUUUCUUCUGUUUCAAUGAAGGAAUUCAUUUUUGGAUCCAUAAAAUUAUUUAGUGAAUAAUUUGUGUGGGUUCAUUAGGGUUCUUUAGUGACUUCAUCUGAGAAUAUAUCUGGUUUGAAUUUACAAGCGCUUUACUGUA